UGUCAGUCUGAUGCUGCACCAUUGUUCCCCGAGCAGCCGGAAGAAGUGCCUGAAUAAGCACUACUGUAUGCGACAGCUGCACCGGUCAGCCAAGCAUACUGUUCUGGAAACCGGCUCCGGGUUUACAGCUUUCUGAUUAAGGACGGAUUCCUGCAGGGUAGAAGUGGAUCCUGGAGGAGGCGGAGGAAAAAAAAGACCGUGAACUCCUCUGAGAGCUGCAUGGGGCGUCAGGCAGGAUACUGAUAAUAACGAAAUGAAUGAAAAGUGGGCCGUCGCAGUGUAACACGUUUAGCUAAAGACAUCCCACCCAUGUGAUCUCACGGGCUGCCUCUGCUCCCUGCUCCACUCGCCGCUCCAGUCAGGCUCCUGUCUCUCAGCCCGGCUGCAGCUUAAUGAGCCUUUGUGCUGCCAAAGAUAGAAAGCGAAAGGGAGAGUGCAACACGGUGACAGAGGAGGGAGUCGAAGUGGGAAAGACUGUCGUUUCGCAACAAUAAAGCAUAUGUUACCGGCAACGCUGGCAGAGCUGGAAAAUUACUCGUCUCCCUCGACCUCCUGCACACUCCGCUCUCCCUCCUUCUCUCUCUCCCUCGCUCAUGGCCGUGGAGCUCAGGGGUCGUUGCAAGUCAGUGGGCUGAGACAAAAUGAGAAUCUCUCCAUUCAUCAUGUUUCACCGUCUCUGAGUGGCCACAUUUUGUGACUGGGUGGUUGUAGCGCUGUGAGAAGAGGUGAGAGGAGUCACAGUCUGCCAGUGGAUACAGGUGCAGAUGCGGCAGGCCAUGAGCGGAAUACUGAAGAGAAAAUUUGAGGAGGUAGAAGCCUCCUCCUCCCCGUGCUCCUCCGUGCGGGAGUCUGAUGAUGAGGUCUCCUGCAGCGAGAGCGGGGACAGCAGCGACAGCGUUAACCCCUCCACCUCAGUCCCUUUCACCCCUGACUCGAUCUUGAAGCGGGAGAAGCGCCUGCGGGCCAGGAGGGUGCAUUUUGAGAAUGUGACCGUGUACUACUUCAGCCGGCGGCAGGGUUUCACCAGUGUGCCCAGCCAGGGUGGCAGCACUCUGGGCAUGUCCAACAGGCACAGCUGGGUCAGACAGUACUCCCUGGGAGAGUUUGCCUUGGAGCAGGAGAGGAUACACAGAGAUAUGCUCAAAGACCACUUGAAGGAAGAGAAACUCAACUCCAUCAAGCUAAAGCUGACUAAGAAUGGCACGGUGGAGUCCGAAGAGGCUGACACGCUCACAGCGGAGGAUAUCUCCGACGACGACAUCGAUCUGGACAACACGGAGGUAGACGAGUAUUUCUUUUUGCAGCCUCUCACCACUAAGAAGCGCAGGGCCCUGCUACGCUCCUCGGGGGUAAAGAAGAUCGACGUGGAGGAGAAGCACGAACUUAGAGCCAUCCGCGUAUCCAGGGAGGACUGCGGCUGCGACUGCAGGCUGUUCUGUGACCCGGAGACCUGCGCUUGCAGCAUUGCAGGGAUCAAGUGUCAGGUGGAUCGAAUGUCAUUUCCAUGCGGCUGCACAAAAGAAGGCUGCAGCAAUUCCACCGGGAGAGUCGAGUUUAAUCCUAUCCGCGUUCGAACCCAUUUCCUGCACACAAUCAUGAAGCUGGAGCUGGAAAAGAGCCGUGAGCAGCAACAACCCCCCCAGACCAACGGUUACUGCGGGGAGGCAAACGACAUGGGGAACGGAAACCUGUUCAUGCAGUCGCAGCACAGGUUGGAGUACUCUUUGUCCGAUGCUGUCCCACAGGCGGCCGCCAUGCACCUGCACGCUGCAGACGACAUGGACGAGCCUCUGGAUGAUGAGGACGACGAGGAAGAGGAGGAGGAAGAGGAGGAGGAGGAGGAGGAAGAGAACGAAGAAGAUGAGGAAGAUGAGGAGGACAGCAGCAGCGUGUGUAGCGGGUUGUCUGAUUCCAGCACGCAAAGCUUCGCCAACAGCAAUUCCGAGGAUGAGGAGGAACCUGCAGGGGAGUCUGAGAAUUACGAGCGUGACAUGACACCCCCAGCAGUUUCUCACGUGGAAGCGGUGCCAAUGUCCUCAGUGAUGUGCUACGCCAACGGCUCCGCGGGUCAUGACAACCACAUGAACGGAAACCCUUACCUAAUGAACUCUUCCACCCCCGAUUACUAUCAACUGGGGAGCUCCAGUGCCGACCCGAAUGUCCAAACAAGUCGGCCCAGGGAGCCCUACAGGGAGCCGUUAGCAUUCCCGGAUCCAGGCAGCGCGACAAACGGCAAUUUGGCCCAGGGACCGUUCAGCGUGGCCUCUGGGGAGUUCACGGGCUACACCAAUCACACCGAGGAGCAGUACGCAAGCAAUCACCACCGUAAUCUGAACGGGGGCGGCCCCGCCACCCCUUUGCGCUGCUAUCCACCCAAUCAAAACAGCAAGGUGCUGUCCAAGGCUGUGUUUGUGGAGCAGCAUGAGAACCAGACCCAGACAGCGUUUCAAAACUACCUUAACAACAACAGUCAGGAGUCCUACAGCAGUAACGGCGUCAAAUGUAUGGCGGAGGAGCAGCCUCCGCAGGAAUCAAGUGCUGAUCGACUUCCUGACCUAACCUUACUGUCAAACAAUACCAAGAAUCUCCCUUUACCAGAGCAUUGCCCUGAGGUCACAGCCAAUUAAAAAGGCCUCGAGCUUUCAGUUAUUACGUCCUCAACUUGGAUGUUGUGCUUUUAGGUAACAUCAUCAUGGCCUUUUUUUUGUGCAUUUUUUUUAAAACUACUUUCAAAGCAGUUUACGGAAUAAUACCACCUUUUUCAUCUGUGACUCUAAAGCCAUAGGUUUGUGAUGGAAACAAUUUUGUGGUACCGUUGACGUAUGCAGGUUUCUCCAUUACAGUGUUCGUGCUCCACUCCAAAACACAAGAGAUGAUAAAUAAUGUCCUGCUGUGCAAUGUAGCUUGUAUUUGCAGAGCUAAAGUUCUAGUUUCAAUCAAUUAUUGUACAAUAGAUUGAACCUCGUCUCCUGUAUGUUCAAAAAAAAAAAAGGAUGUCAGUUUUAUUUAUUGUGACUUAAUAAGUGUAUUCUUAUAUAUUGUAAAUGUUUUCGGAAGAAUAUGCAUGCUGUUUUUGGGACUCUCAUUGAAAAAUUGCCUCCGUUUAUGAAAAUGUUGGACUCAUAAUGUACAGCUAUCUUCUUUUAUGUCUUAAAAAUGACAGAAAUUCAGAAGUCUUUUAAAUCCAAGUGACCAGUCAUGUCAUUUUAAAGAGUUUUGCACUUAUAGUUACUGGGAGUUCAGUGGUACGUAUUUGGUUAUUAAUGACCAAAUUUCACAUUUAAAAACAACUACACUUUAAAGUUGCACACAACUAGCAGGUAUAUUGUUCAAAAGAGUGCUUGAAGAGGUUGUCUGGCCUUAUCAACUACUACAGGAAGCUUUUUGAGUCAUUACAGACUACAGAAUGGCAUUUAAAGGCUAUACAUCAUUGUUUUGCAACUUUUCCUUUUCAGUUAUGUGGCUUGUAGUUUACACUAGCACUCAUUGUGCAAAACCAAUAGCAUGUAAGCAGUCGUGAAUGCAGCCAAAAGGUGCAGAAGACUAAUAAUACUUAUGGAAUACUAAAUUCAGGCAUCAAUGCAUAACACAAUGUUUGUUCAAGAUAAAAAGUUAUGAAACAAAGUCUGCUACUUUAAUUUGAUUUAUUAUAGUUGAGAUUGCUCUGUGGUGAACUCAGUCAGCCUACGACUCGCCACAAUAGUAAAUAAACACUUGACAAAACCUGUAAUUUAAAACAGAAACUAUGAUAGCAUUCCAGUUAGAUGUUGGGAUUUUUGCUCCAAUUCUGACCAGCAUUGUUACUCUGUAGAAAUGUAGGUGCUGUCAGAUCUUCACAUCAAAGUGUCCAAAUUCUGUCACCGGAGCACUUGAUGCAUUGUUAGAUUGUACAUGUCUCACUCCCCACUCCCCCCCUCGACCAUAUAAUCGGUUUCUGUUUUACUUGCAAGCAUAAAACUGCAUUACAGUGACAUAAAUAACAAAACCUUUAUCCCGAGGAUGCUACAUGUCACCAUACAAAGUCACUCAGUCCAUCUGCAGUUGAUAACCCCUCAUGUAGGGGUUAGAAAAGUAAUGAAUAUACUUAUAUAGAUGCUGCAUUCAAAAGUUCUCUCCUUCAUUUGGUUCAGGCACAGAGAAAAAUUCUAUAGUCCGUUAUGAUAAAACGUGCCGGACUGCAGCUGUUGAUGUAAAGGCUGUAGGCAUCAGCAGAGGUUUUAGUGCUGACAGAGUAUAAAGCACUGUCAAAACAUCUUCUAUCCUGACAAGCUCAGUCCUCAACACCUGUCACCUCAGAGCUCUUGCUUUUGACUCCCCGCUUGAGCUACAGAUCCUAAUCAUAGCAUGAGCUGUGUUGUGUCCUCAUCCCUAAGGCUGGGGUUGUUCCUUUCCUUAAAUCAAAGAUUCAAGUUGUUUCAUAAUCCUUGGGGAUCUUCAGUUUCCAACAGAGAUUAUUUUUGGCAGGUGAGGACUAAUCUGUUCUCCUCAACCGUUUACUUCCAUGGAGCGGGAAAUGUUACCCGCAUAGAUGAUCUUUGGGGAAAAAAAGUGCAAAUACUCUCCGUUUUCUGUGCCGCCAAGAAGUCUCCACACGUCCAUUCGACACAUUCAGAGGGAUUUUUUUAUUCGACAAAAUCUCUUUUCUGUCAACAGCCACAGUGGGUGACAGGUUUCAAGCCGCCGGAGACACUACAUCCAUUUGUGAAAGUGAUUCCUCUUUCAGUGCUGAUCGGCUUUAAAAACCAAAGCAAAGGCUGAUUUAUUUUUUAGCUUUGCAAUGUUUUUAAUUUUUCUGCCUUGGUGUGUUACACCUUACAAUUGAAAAGUAAGAUCACUUUUGUACUGCUCCAAUAGGAAUAUCUGACUAAAGAAGGUUCAUUAGGCAUAAUUAGCCUUUUCUUUUUGAAGUUCUUAAUAAAGUUGAAAAUAUCUUAACAGUUCUGCUUAAUUUUUAGCUGAAGCAUAACAUUUUAUUGAAAAAAAGUAGCUGUUCUUUUGGUAAACGGUUGUUCAGAGUUGACAAAGAUAUUUCAGAUAGGAUUAAUCUUACAAAGUGUAUAAACAAACUGCUGAAUCAGCCAGAUACAAAAACCUGCUCAUUUAAAAUGUGUAAAUAGUGACAUAUCUAAACGUUAACUGACAGAAUACAAAUCGAACAGUUCAAACAUUCAGUAGAACCCAAUUUUAUGGAAAAGCACCAAUGCAGUUCUUUACUCCCUGCUCUUGCAUGAAUACAGGACUUGGCUUUACUUUCAAGCUUUCAUAUACAUUCAACGUUACUGUAAUCAGAGUUCAACGGCAAAUCUUUACCAUUUCUGUGCAUUUGUUCAUUAGCUGGGAUCUCCCAUGCAAUAUUUUAUUUAGCAGCAAGUCAGCAAAUCAAUUUCAAGCUAUCAGUUCCAUUGACACAAACCUAUAAUACAUAGAAAUUGUGCCAAAGUGUACAGUGUAAGUCAGAGAGCUCCUUACAAAGAUGUUGCACCCGCUUAGGAAUCACAUGUUUUAAUUUUCAGUAUUUAUUACAAAUGAGCAUUGAAAACUGUAUUUACUGUGGUUUACUAAAAGUCUGUAUUCAGUAACUUGAUAUGUUAAAACUGUCUUUUGUUUAAUGCAAGUUGACGUGAAUUGUAAAGCUACAUGUGCCUGGUUUCUUUCUUUCAUAUUUGGUGAAAUGCAUAGGAUUUGCACAUUUAUGUAAGUUAUGUUUCCAACUGUACAUAAAGCCUGAUUUUCAUUUGUUGCAUUUUAACAUGUUUUUGAAUAAAUUUGAUAAAAUGGG